AUGUCGACCUCUGCUUCUUCCCAGCCUGAGAUCCUCAAGUGGGCCGGUAACUCUGGCGAGUUCAAGCGUCAGGUGUCGACCUUCCGCGAUAACAUUGUUGACGAGCCCAACGCGAAAUUCACUCCUGAGGCUGGUCGUUACCAUCUUUAUGUUUCUUACGCAUGCCCGUGGGCCCAUCGCACGUUGCUAGUCCGCGCAUUGAAGGGUCUGGAGGACAUUAUCUCGGUCGAUGUGGUCCACUGGCACCUGCAGGAGAACGGUUGGCCCUUCAGGGACGGUUACAAGGAUUCGCUUUAUGGAUCAAAGUUCGUGAAGGACAUCUACUUCAAGGCCCAGCCUGAUUAUUCCGGACGCUUCACAGUCCCUGUUCUUUGGGAUAAGAAGACCGAGACCAUUGUGAACAACGAGAGCAGUGAAAUCAUUCGCAUGCUCAACACCGCGUUCGAUAAGCUUGUGCCUGAAAAGGCCGGUGUCAACUUCUACCCGGACAACCUCAAGGCCGAGAUCGAUUCCGUGAACGAAUGGGUGUAUGACACCGUCAACAAUGGAGUCUACAAGUCCGGAUUCGCUACGAGCCAGGAAGCCUAUGACAAGAACGUCUACCCGCUUUUCGUGUCCCUGGACCGACUCGAGGGUAUGCUCAGCAAGUCCGAUUACCUUGUCGGGAACACCUUGACGGAAGCGGACCUUCGUCUUUGGACAACGAUCAUUCGUUUUGACCCCGUCUAUCAUGGUCACUUCAAGUGCAACAUCAAAGGCAUCGAGAAGGAUUACCCGCAUCUGUUGAAGUGGGCGAGACGGAUUUAUCAGAUGCCGAAGGUUGCGGAGACGGUGAACAUGGAGCAUAUCAAGCAUCAUUAUUAUCAGUCCCACCUCCAGAUCAACCCCACGGGUAUUGUUCCCGCCGGCAAUGGACCUAACCUGGCCGAGCCCAAGAUUGCUUAA